AUGGCAAGAGGGACGGUGGCCACAUACCUGCAUGGAGUCCUUCUCCUGGCUCUGUGGAAACCCUCGCUGCAAGGAGGGGUAUAUGUACCUGCUGGAGGUGCGACUGGAGGAGUCGGGCCAGGAGCUGGAACUGGAUUUGGACCAGGAGGCAUUGGGACAGGAUUUCAGCCUGGAGGAGGUGGACCAGGAGGCACUGGUACUGCUCUAGGAGGCUUUGGACCAGGAGCUGGUGGAGGGGGCUAUGGGGGUCAAAGGCCAGGUGGUGUAGGCCCAGGAGUGGGACCAGGUGGAGUGGGACCGGGUGGAGUUGGACUGGGUCUGGGACCAGGAGGAGUGGGACCAGGUGGAGUGGGAUUGGGUGGAGUUGGACCAGGUCUGGGACCAGGAGGAGUGGGACCAGGAGGUUUUAGGCCCAGCAGCUUUGGUCCUGGAGGACUGGGACCUGGAGGCGUUGGGACUGGUGUCAAGCCUCCAAAAACAGGAGGCGGCUAUGGUACUGGUGGAACAGGACUAGGACCAGGCGGAGUCGGGACGGGUGGUUUUGGAGCAGGUGGUGUUGGUCCUGGUGGUUACGGAGCUGGGCCUGGAGGAGUUGGUCCAGGAGGUUUUGGAACCGGCACUCAAGGUAGUACUAAGUGCUCCUUCUUUACGUUUUUUCACCAGGGUUUGGAGGCCUUGGAGCAGGAGGUACUGGGACUGGUGGAGGACUGGGAGCUGGAACAGGUUACACACCUGGAGGUGGAUAUGGAGGUGGUUAUGGACCAGGUGGAGGAGUUCAAUACCCAGGAAUUGGUGGAACUGGUCCCAAACCUCCUAAAACAGGUGGAGUUGGGACAACACUUGGAGGAACAGGAUUUGGAACUGGGGGUGCAGGGGUUAGGCCUGGUGGAACAGGAUUUGGACCAGGUGGUGCAGGAAUUGGGCCAGGAGGUGCAGGGGUUGGGCCUGGUGGAACAGGAUUUGGCCCUGGCGGUGCAGGAUUUGGCCCUGGUGGUGCAGGAGUUGGGCCUGGUGGAACAGGAUUUGGCCCUGGUGGUGCAGGAGUUGGGAGUUGGGCCUGGUGGAACAGGAUUUGGCCCUGGUGGUGCAGGUGUUGGACCGGGUGGAACAGGAUUUGUCCCCGGUGGUGCAGGAGUUGGGCCUGGUGGAACAGGAUUUGGCCCUGGUGGUGCAGGAGUUGGGCCUGGUGGAGUUCCAACAUUGCCACAGACUGGUACCACUGGAGGAGGACCUGGGGUAAAGAGUGGUGGUAAAGCAUCAAAGCAAGUCCCAGGCAUUGGCGUGCCUGGACUCUAUCAAGGUGGAUUUGUCCCAGGCCAAGGGUUUGGAGGCCGUGGUGUUCUCCCUGGAGUGGCUACAGGAACUGGAAUAGGAACUCAGAGUGGAGCCGGAGUACUUGGUCAGGGUGGCACUGGACCGGGAGGUGCAGGCAAUGGGCGAGGACAGCCAUUGCCUGGGAUUUUUCGUGGUUAUCCCCUCAUAUCACCAAAAACAGGAGUGGGAAAAUCCAAGAAGAAUCCAGCCAAAGCUGCAGCUAAAUACGGUGGAGCUGGAGGCGCGCUUGGUCAAGGAGGCACUUUUGGGGGUGGGGUUGGAAGAGUUCCUGGAGGGGGAGUCUCACCUGGGUUAGGUGGUGGAGUUGGCACAGGAGGCGGACCUGGAUUUGGAGGCGGAGUUGGAACUGUAGGUGGAGUUGGAACAGGAGGGGGACCUGGAUUUGGCGGUAUUGGAACAGGAGGAGGACCUGGAUUUGGAGGCGGAGUUGGAACAGGUGGCGGUAUUGGAACAGGAGGUGGAGUUGGAACGGGAGGGGGACCUGGAUUUGGAGGCGGUGUUGGAACAGGAGGGGGACCUGGAUUUGGAGGCGGUGUUGGGACAGGAGGCGGACCUGGAUUUGGAGGUGGAGUUGGAACAGGAACUGGACCUGGAUUUGGAAGUGGAGUUGGAACAGGAACUGGACCUGGAUUUGGAGGCGGAGUUGGAACUGGAGGUGUCCCUGGAUUUGGAGGUGGAGUUGGAACUGGAGGUGUCCCUGGAGUAGGUGGUGGCAUACCAGGCUUAGGUUAUGGCCCAGGUUCAGCCAAAGCACGGAAAUAUGGUGGUGGAGGUGUCGGGACUGCAGGAGGGCCUGGUUCUGGAAUUGGAACAGGAGGGGCAGGUGGUGGCUAUGGUUUUGGUCCAGGUGGCUCAGGUACUGGCACAUCUGGAGGCCUUGGAGGUGUGAGACCUGGCUCUGGAGUUGGUUUUGGUCCCAGUGGUACUGGCACCAGACCAGGUGGUCUUGGCUAUGGUCCCAGUGGUACUGGCACUGGAGCAGGUGGUCUUGGCUAUGGUCCAGGUGGUACUGGCACUGGGUCAGUAGGAGUGGGACCCGGGGGGUAUGAUGCCAGUGCCAAAGCUCGUAAAUAUGGCAUGUUAAGUGGGGCUCUUGGAGGUCCAGGAACAGGUACUGGAGGACUAAGGCCAGGUGGUGCUGGAACUGGUUAUGGCCCAGGCGGCGUUGGCCCAGGCGGCGUUGGCCCAGGCGGCAUUGGCCCAGGCAGCGUUGGCACUGGCUAUGGCCCAGGUGGAGUUGGGCCAGGUGGAGUUGGCACUGGCUAUGGCCCAGGUGGAGUUGGACCAGGUGGAGUAGGACCAGGUGGAGUUGGAACUGGCUAUGGCCCAGGUGGAGUUGGACCAGGUGGAGUUGGACCAGGUGGAGUUGGAACUGGCUAUGGCCCAGGUGGAGUUGGACCAGGUGGUGCUGGCACUGGCUAUGGCCCAGGUGGAGUUGGACCAGGUGGUGCUGGCACUGGCUACGGUCCAGGCAGCGUUGGACCAGGUGGAGUUGGCACUGGCUACGGCCCAGGUGGAGUUGGGCCAGGUGGAGUUGGGACUGGCUAUGGCCCAGGUGGAGUUGGACACGGUGGUGCUGGCUAUGGCCCAGGUGGAGUUGGACCCGGUGGUGCUGGCUAUGGACCUGGAGGUUAUGCUGGAGCCAAAGCGCGCAAAUAUGGUGUUCCUGGAGGUACUGGAGGUGCCCUUGGUGCAGGAGGCCUUGGAGGAGGAACCGGGCCUAGUUCUGGGCUUGGAGUUGGAGUAGGGGUUCCCGGACGGGGUGGAGUGUCAACAGGUGGUGGAACGGGACUAGGACUCGGGGCAGGUGGUAUACCGGGGUCUGGUGUUGUGACAGGAGUUGGACCAGGCGGAUUUGGACCAGGCAGUGCUGGAGGUCUUCCUGGUGGUGGCACGGGCCCAGGGACUGGAAGAGGAUAUGGACCUGGUGGUUAUGGGCCUGGGGUUGGCACAGGCUAUGGACCAGGUGGAGGUUAUGGUCUAGGACCAGGGACUGGAUUUGGACCAGGUUAUGGACCUGGAUUAAAACCUGCUAAAUAUGGCUACGGCACGGCUGGAUCUAAAGUUGCAAAGUUUGGGCAACCUGGUGGAGUUGUACCUGGGACAGGAACUGGAACCAGCACUACAGGAGCAGGAACAGGGACCGGCCCUGGCGUUUCAGCGAAUGGAACCACCACUGGCACCAAUCAGACAACAACCAGACCAAGUGGAGGAAGACUUGAAGACACAAGAGGCACACCAACUCCGGCAUCAGAAGGUGAUGAUAUUUACACUGUGAUAGAGGGGUCUGGAAGUCCCGGUGGAGAGGGAGGUACCGGUGUCGGUGGCAGACCAGCGGGUACAGGGAGUGAUGGAGAUCGUCUAGGUGGAACAGGAAUCCCCAUCAUUGGACCCAAGCCAGGAAUCAACGGGACAACACUUCCAGGAUCCACAGGCGUGACCCCUGUCGGUGGUGGAGCUGCGCAACCAAGUGCUGGUGCAGGUGUUGGUGGGACAGGACUUCCCCCUACAGGUUCUGGUGGUGAUCUGACUGGAGUCAAACCCCUCAAACCCCCAGGUGUCCCCAGAGGUGACACACCAGGUGAAGGUGAUGGAGAAGGAGGCCCUGAUGGAUACAGGGGUGGUACAGCUGGCACAGGUGGACAGGGAGGAGUAGGAAGGGGUCCCACCAGUGCAGGAGUUGCAGGAAGUGUUUCAGAUGGUGUAUCAACAGGAAGAGAAGGCAGCACUGCUACUGGAACAGGUGUUGGUUCAGGAGGUGCAGUUGGAGCAACACCAAAACCACCUAAAGCGUAUAAACCUAUAGCAGGAGGCACAAGUGGUGGACAGGGAGGAGUGGGAGUAGGAGUGGGAAGUGGUCCUGGAUCUGCAGGAAGAGGUCCUGGAGCAGUGGGUGGAGGUCCUGGAGGAGGUGGUUUGGUACCUGGGGCUGGUGGGCCUGGUGCAGUAGGAACAGGAGGCUAUGGUACUGGAGUUUUACCAGGGGGAGGCAUUCGUUACCCUACUGGAGCUGGAGUAACAAAACCAGGCAAAGCAUAUGGGACUCUUGGAGCAGGGGGCCAAGGUGGGGUUGGCCCCGGUGGAUAUGGCACUGGUCCAGGAGGUUAUGGCACAGGGCCUGGAGGUUAUGGAACCGGUCCAGGUGGAUAUGGUACUGGGCCUGGUGGAUAUGGAACUGGACCUGGACGCUAUGGUGGCGUAGGAGCAGGAGGAACAGGAGUAGGCCCUGGGGGAGGUGUUAGACCUGACGGUUCUAGAUAUGGCACAGGUCCAGGACUGGGUACCGGCACUGGAAAACCACCUAAAAGCUAUGGAGCAGGAGCUGGUGGUACUGGGUUUGGACCUGGUGGCUAUGGGACUGGACCAGGGGGAAUAGGUUAUGGACCAGGUGGCCUUGUGCCUGGUGGCACUGGUCCUGGUGGUGCUGGGACCGGAGGUGCUGGGACCGGACUGGGUGGUGCUGGAACAAGGCCAGGUGGUAUAGGACCAGGUGGUGCUGGCACAGGACCAAGCGGCUAUGGACCUGGUGGAGUAGUAAAACCACCUAAAUCAGGCUAUGGAUCAUCCUCACUAGGUGGAGCUGGCUUUGGACACGGUACAGGAGGGUUUGGACCAGGCGGUGCUGGCACUGGAACUGGAGGGUUUGGACCAGGCGGGGCUGGCACUGGAACUGGAGGGUUUGGACCAGGCGGUGGUGGCACUGGAACUGGAGGGUUUGGACCCGGUGGAGCUGGCACUGGAACUGGAGGGUUUGGACCAGGUGGAGCUGGCACUGGAACUGGAGGGUUUAGACCCGGUGGAGCUGGCACAGGAACUGGAGGGUUUGGACCUGGCGGUGUUGGCACAGGAACUGGAGGGUUUGGACCCGGUGGAGCUGGCACAGGAACUGGAGGGUUUGGACCAGGUGGGGCUGGCACUGGAACUGGAGGGUUCGGACCAGGCGGUGUUGGAACAGGAACAGGAUUUGGACAGGCAGGCCAAGGAAAAAGAAAACCUUAUAAAUCUGGUUAUGGGGGAGCUGGUUAUGGAACAGGAGGAGGAUUAGGAGGAGGAUAUGGCCCUGGUGGAGCUGGGGGUACAGGUCCUGGAGGUUUUGGACCAGGAGGUGCUGGGACUGGUGGGUUUGGCCCUGGAGGUGCUCCGACUGGUGGUUUUGGCCCUGGAGGUGCUGGGACUGGUGGUUUUGGCCCUGGAGGUGCUGGGACUGGUUUUGGCCCUGGAGGUGCUGGGACUGGGGGCUUUGGGCCAGGAGGUGCUGGGACUGGUUUUGGCCCUGGAGGUGCUGGGACUGGGGGCUUUGGGCCAGGAGGUGCUGGGACUGGUUUUGGCCUUGGAGGUGCUGGGACUGGUUUUGGUCCUGGAGGUGCUGGGACUGGGGGCUUUGGGCCAGGAGGUGCUGGGACUGGUUUUGGCCCUGGAGGUGCUGGGACUGGGGGCUUUGGCCCAGGAGGUGCUGGGACUGGGGGCUUUGGCCCAGGAGGAGCUGGGACUGGUGGCUUUGGCCCUGGAGGUGCUGGGACUGGUGGUUUUGGACCUUCUGGCCAAACACUUGGAACAAGAAAGCCGUCUAAAUCAGGUUACGGCUCGUCGCUGGGUGGAGCUGGCUACGGACCAGGAGGUGGUGUCAGAGUUCUUCCUGGUACUGGGACAGGAGGCGUCACUGGUGGUGGCCAAGGUAGCAUAGCAGGAGGUACAGGAGGGCUAGGAGGUCCUGGAGGAACUGGCCAAGGAGUUGGAGGACUACCUGGUGGGGGACCAGGAGGUGCUGCUGGUCCUGGAUAUGGUGGGCUGGGUAUAGGAAGUUAUCCAGGGUAUGCAGGGGCUGGACAAAAAUCUAAAGCGCAGAAGGCAGCCAAAUAUGCAGCCAUGCAGGGUUUACUUGGAUCCAGGGGCUACAGAGGAGCUGGCCGUAGGAGGAAGUGAGAAAGACCAAAAGACAGGAAGUGACCUCAUUAAAACAACAGUGGUGCUAUUGCAUGAUCCCACACUGUAGAUGUCUUACCUGCCACAGAAGCUGAAGCUUCAGCACAUCCCGCUUUUUACAUUUCCAUUUGCUUGGGUUUUAUAAAUGGUUGCAGUGGUUCUCAACCGGAUCAGAUUCACCGCCAGGUGAAGAUUGCUGUUUCCCUUUGUUAAAUACUUUUUUUUUUCCUUUUUUGGAUAAUUAAGUCAUUUUAUUUUGGUCAAAUUAGUAAAUGUCAAUUUCUCAAGAAAGUUUCAAAAAUAAAAUAACGUGGGUAGAAUACCCCAGAAAUUCCUGAUGAUCGGGUUGAGAACCACUACAGUGAAGAAUCAGCAUUUCUUUUCAUUCGUCUGUCUUUGCUGUGUUGAUUAUCAUUUGUGUUCUUAUGCAAGUAUUGGCACAAAUCCUCUGGGUUAAGACUGACACCAAGGACUCCCUCAGGGCAGCUCCUUCAGACCUGUCUGCAUGCUGACACGAUGUGUAAAGAAAUAUAGGGCAACACUUUUACCCAGUUAAACUGGGAUAUGUCUGCAGAGUGAAUGGCUGAGCAGAUAAUUCACUGUUAGCAUCUUUUACAUCAGUGGACAAACAAGUAGUGUGUACAGACACAGAGACAAACAGCUGCUGUCACAGGAGAAGAUGAAGGCAGUAUUUUAUGCAGCAGUGGUAGUCUUUUGAUCCUUGAAAAGCAGUCUCUGGCCAUGUGAGCUGUACUCAGGCCUCAGUAGUAUCAGUAAUGGAGCCUGAGGAUUCUCACAGAUACCACUUGAGGCCCACCUCAAGUGGUGUAAGAUUCUUCCACUCAUUUCACAACUUAAUGGCACUGUUUUAUAGCCACAUCACACUCAAUGGUAUAAAUGUAAAAUAUUGGUUAGCGUGCAUAUAUUUUGAUUGUUAGGAGGGUGUAUUUGUCCUGACUUUCUGAAUGGGCUUAGUUUUAGCUUUUACAUUUGCUGUUGAGGUAAGCAUUCAAGCUAAAUGUGAGGUAAUAUGACUAGAGUACAUGACAUCCGAGGAGUACUGAUUACUGCGUUUUCCUUCUGUUCAUGAACCUCCUUUAACACUGUUGGGGAAACUGCUCACGUUUACUAGACUUUUUAAAUUAUGUUGAGAACUGUAUUUAGCCUCAUUUUACAAAGUCAAGUGCAUUAUUACAGUACUAAAAUAUUUGAGUUAGUCAUUCUGUGUGUGUGUGUUUUUACAGUUUUUAAACUUGUGUACUACUAUGAUGAGUAUAAGUGCUUUGUUUUCUACAUUGUCCUUGAAUGUGUGCUGAAUCACAGUGCAGUCUGUGAUGUCAGUGGGUCAAAAGUGGGGUGAGUGAAUCUCGUCUUGCAUUUGAGCUCAUGUGCAUCUCGAGCUCAGUGUGAUUUUUAACAUCUGUGUUUCUUUUUUUUAUGUGGCCUAUGAAGAAAAUUAUGCACUUUUGUAAACUCUCUGACAAUGCUCUCCGAAGUAAAGAGAUGACCAAUGA